GCAACGUCCCAGGAAGAUGUAUCGAAUGCUUAGAAAUGGGACAACAAGUAGUAUCAAAUUCGUAAGCUGCUAUGAAAAAUCCAUUCUGUGUUGGUAUUCAUCAUGGCUCUCACAGAACAGUGUAUGGUACGAACACCAGGUAUAUAUUUGAGGACUUCAAUGCCUUUGUCACCAUGGCUUCUGGCAGAAUCGACAACAAAUCAGCCUACCUCACCUAAAGGCAGUUCUAGUUUCAGAAAGAAACCAAAAUGCAUAUCGCAAACCCAGCAAUCCCUCUAGGCUCUCUUGUUGUAGUCAUUGGUGCCAAUGGCUAUAUGGGCUUGGAAACAUGUGAGAAACUGCUCCAAGCAGGAUAUCGAGUCCGCGGAACAGUUCGAAACGUUGAACAACAUCGCGGUUGGAUGUACAAUCUCUUCGAUCGGACAUGGUCAGGCAAGUUCGACCUCGUCCAGGUUCCGGAUUUUGAGGCCGAAAGAGCAUUCGAAGAUGCAUUUCGAGGUGCGGCAGGAGUCAUAUAUCCAUCCAUGCCUGUUAUCUUCGAUGCAGAUCCCACCAAGGUGUUUGGACCAAUGGUGAGAGGCGCAAUCAAUACCCUCGAAAGCGCCGCUCGAGCUGGUGUGCAACGAUACGUCCUCAGUUCGAGUUCCAAAGCAGUCGCAGACACCAUAUAUGGCGAGCCUCGGGAACUCACAGAAGAAAUGUUCAACCAUGAAGCAGUGGAAAGAGCUCGUCAAAAGUCGACAGACUCUUCCUUUCAGCGGAUUGUGGACGUAUACAGUGCGGGACGAACUCUAGCAGAGUUUGCGUUCUGGGAUUGGAUCAAAACAAAUAACCCACCGUUUGUUGCCAAUUGUGUUGUGCCAGACGGUCAGUUUGGUCGUGUUUUGGACAUGGACAACCUCAACACUGGCGUCACAUCGUCAACUGGGCAAUUGACACGUGCCUUGCAAGGCAAGUGGGAGGGCGUUCCCCUUCCUCUAGCGUUCUUUACCGAUGUACAAGACUCGGCGCGUCUGAUGGUAGCAGCAGUGGCGUCGAAGUCGAUCAAGAACGAGCGUAUUUUCGCCUAUCAUGUCAACCGAACAUGGAACGAUCUGCGCAGUAAAGUCCGUGAGCUGUUUCCAGAUCGUCCUGAGUUAGUAAAAGGAAGCGAUCAAGAUGUUUCUGGCAGAGACAUGUCGUAUGCCCCGGGUCCAAUUGCACGAGCUGAGGAGAUCCUGCGAGACAUUGGUCAACCUGGAUUCACCAAUGAGGAUGAUGUUAUCCGAGACUUUGUAGCCUCUGUCUUUCCUCAAGAUAUGCAGAAGUGA